CAACGCGCGGCGGUAGCUGUUUUAAUGUAACAGUGCACUAAAAUGGCAAGUGUGAUACUGCGAUAUUGUACUCGAUCGGUCAAUUCUACCCUGAAAAAUGUCAUUGCAAGGAGAGUAUUGAAUUUUCAAGGCCAGGCUGUAAGGUCAUACUGUCUCUCAAGGCAACUUCUGGCCGAUCGCAAGUUUACUUCACAACAUGAGUGGGUAGAGGUCAAUGAAGGAAUUGCAACAGUUGGUGUAUCAAGCUAUGCACAGGAAAAACUAGGAGAUAUUGUUUAUGUACAGUUACCAGAAAUAGGAGAGGAGUUCGAUAAAGACGCUGAGUUUGGAGCUUUAGAGAGUGUGAAGGCUGCAAGUGAACURUACUCGCCUUUGACAGGCAAAAUUACCGAAAUCAAUUCUACAUUGGGAGAUGAUCCAUCACUAGUGAAUUCCUCCCCCUAUGAAGAAGGUUGGAUAGUAAAAAUGGAAGUGAAUGAUCCUAAAGAACUUGAUGAUCUUAUGGAUGAGAAAGCUUACCAGGACUAUACAGAGAGCAUAGAAUGAUACUUGUUCUUGCAAGACAAAAGAGAAGAAGUCAUUGAUUUGAAUGUGCAUGUAAUUGUGAAUUGGGUAAAGAGUGGAGAAAGUACAGAGCUAAAACUAACCAAACUUCAGAGAAUGACAAUGAUGACUGACUACUUUGAACUAGAAGGAGAAACGUUUUAUUUUGUAAUUUUUUUAUAAGAAUUUUCACCCAGUAAAACUAUUUAAUUUUAGGCAACUUCAUUGAUGCAUAUGCAUUGAGAAUGAAAUUGUUUGUCAAUGURAAUUGCAACAUUUAGGUUUCUAAUAUUUUACUCUAAUAAUAAUAUURAAGAUAUCUGGGCACURAACUCUGUGUUAAAUCAAAUAUUAAACAAAUUUUGUCGUUUUGAA